CGCAGGACAUGAGGGAGAAAUAAAGGAGCAUUUGUCAUUUUCAUUCUUCAAUACUUCCAACUUAAAAGUUCCCUCUGGUGGCAUUGGAGGAUAUAGCAAAGCUAUGAUUUAAGCAUCAACAAGGAAAGGAGUGCAUAUUUCGCCUUAAGGAUACUAUAAUACCCUGUUAAAUCCUUAAGAGAUUGCUUUAUGUGAUUUGGUGGAAUAUGGCAAUAAGGACUACCUGUUCAACAGAGAUCCAUCAGCGAGUCUUUUAAGGUCAGCAGAAGUGAAAUGGAAGCUUCAUACGCUGCCAGUGCUGCCAUCGAACCGACUCCACCACCCAUGACCUCAUCCCCAGGUUACAUGUUCAGCAUGUUUCGGGAGUACCAGAGCAAUGCGGUUAUCAUGGCCCAUUACAACUUCACCGGGAAGCUAAAAGAGAAUAAAUACCGGGAUGGACUGAAACCCGAGGCCAUUGCGUUUCUCAUCAUUUGCCUUCUCAUUGUAGUGGAAAAUGCGAUUGUUUUGGUGGCAAUAUGGAAGAACAAAAAAUUCCACAUGCCAAUGUACUACUUACUCGGCAGCUUGACGCUGUCUGAUCUGCUUGCCGGUUUCACCUACAUGGUGAACAUCGUGACUUCAGGGGCAAACACUCUCAAAAUGACUCCAGUGCUGUGGUUUCUUCGAGAAGGUGGUGUGUUUAUCACUCUUGCUGCAUCUGUCAUCAGUCUCCUCGCUAUAGCUAUUGAGCGGCAUGUCACGAUGGUCCGCAUGAAGCCGUACCAAGGAGCCAAGCGUGGCCGGAUGUUCGGUUUGAUCGGUGCAAGUUGGCUCUUGUCAAUUCUCCUCGGCAUUCUUCCAAUCAUGGGCUGGAACUGCAUAGGAAACUUGGACGAAUGCUCCACUGUCCUGCCGCUUUACGCCAAGAGCUUCAUCCUUUUUUGCAUCACUGUUUUCACCCUAGUUCUGAUGUCCAUCGUGGUGCUCUACGUGCGGAUAUUCCGCAUCGUCAAGUCCAACACCCAGCGGUUAGGCUUUGGCACGCAGCGUAAAGGAUUGGCGAGGAAGUCCCAGAAGUAUCUGGCUCUGCUGAAGACGGUCACCAUCGUUCUUGGCGUCUUCAUCGCCUGCUGGCUGCCCCUCUUUGUGCUUCUUCUGCUGGACUUCUCCUGCCCUGCUCAAAGCUGUGAGGUGCUGUUCAAGGCAGACUACUUUUUGGGCAUUGCCAUGAUCAAUUCGCUCCUCAAUCCCAUCAUUUACACCCUGACUAGUAAAGACAUGCGCAGAGCCAUUCUAAGACUGGUCUGCAGCUAUUGUCUGCUAACAAAAGAUGGACAGGUCAAGAAGUUUGGCAUGCCGUUUCUGGAUUGUAGCACCAGUAGGGCAGAAGUGCCGUCACACAGGCUGGAAGGCCUGGAGACCACAGUUUCAUCAGGGAACUUUACACCAUCUACUAUUAAAGCCAUUUACCCAAGGAUACUUAAGAGUUGAGGAGAAAGAAGAAUGCAUUAGUUUUGAAUAAACCAGGUUCUGGUUUACUUUGAAUAUUUAUUUUAAAUAAAACUGCCAAGUAAACAAGUCUGAAGCAGAAGUCGGAACUCAUAAAAGUCCUGUUUUGGACUUCAGACUUGGCUUCCUCCACAUGCAUUCAAGCAAGCUAUGCGGCUGCCAGAGAAAGUGGUUGACCAGACAAGAGGAAUUUUUGUACUGUGAUAAACACCAGUGUUUAAAAUGGACUGUCUGAGGGUCAGACUUGCAAGUCAAGAGCUACAGUGCCUUUGUAAAAAUAGGAUUUUGAACAGCAAAUAACAAGCAGCUAUGCAGCAGAACGAUGCAUUGCACAAAAAUGCUUUGAAAAGACGUCUUCUGAUGUUAUACGAGACUCUCGUUUUUAUUUUGUAAAAAAAAUAUGAGUUUGUGUAACGAGUCAUUUCCACCUCCAAACAACAGCUGAAUUGUUCAGAGACUUUGUGGAGAAAAUGACAGGUUGAUAAAGCACAUUUGUUCAUGGGUAUUUUAAAAAUACAUUUUGUAAGAGGUUUCGUUCUUAUAAUGGUAUUUUUGGGAAAUACUUUAUUCCUGUUUAAGCUCACCAUACACCGUGGUCUGCAUUUACCAAAAGAGGAAAUUCUAAUGGCAUUCAGUGGCACAAGCUAUAUAUAAAUAUUGUAUAUUUUAUAAAUAUUGCAACAAAGUUUUGUAUGCUAUUUUAUGGAAAGCCUACAUUUAUGUGUAGCAAUCUGUCAUGAUAAAAACAGCACUGACAUUCAAGCAAUAUUGCAUUUCUGUAAUUUAAAAAGAAAAAGUGUCUGUGUACAGAAAACGAUGCAUUAGUACGUGUUUAAAUGUAUUUUGUUGGUCCUAAAUUAUAAGCCUUAAGACAAACCUUUAAGUGCAUUAAUUAAAAGUGUUUCUUAAA